AUGGAAAAAGAAGCUCCCAAGAGGGUUAAGGUUGCUUGGAGUGAUGACCUCAGCCACGACUCCGAAGAAGAGAGAGAACGCGAACGCCUAGCGCAAUUGGAGCGCGAACUAGCGGAACUACCCGUAAAGCCAGUGUACCCGCCAGAGGACCUACAGAAGUUGGUGACGUUCAUCGUGAAGAUGACGACCCUGUACGACCUCAGGGAUGAGGACUGGAACCCCGAUGCCCUGAAGAAGAUCGAAGAUUGGAUACUAGAUCCUCGAUCUCUUAUGCUCUGCAUAUAUUUCAAGGGCGAAGUGCUCAAGGCAUCCUUGGAUAUUCCACUUUCACCCGUUUACGACCUCAUGUACUUCAUAAGGCAGCCAGAUUACGUGUUCAAGGUGGACACAUUCCACGACGACGUGGUCUUCGGCACUUUCGUGGAGUCCGUGGAGUCCAACAUGAUUCAAAUCUUGGAGUCGGUGUACGCUCCGUAUUUCUUUGCGAUCACGACAUGGCCCGACAGCGUAAAAAGUGAGUUUUGCUCCCAAAUCCACACGUUCUUGGCCAAGCUCACGGACAUGUACUACAAGCUUCUCGGGCUCACCGUACUUUACGUACCGCGCGAGGGACAGCAACUCUCGUUCGAGCAGGCGAGCACGGACAGGGAACUGGUGAAGAGGCUCGAGGGUGUGGUGGUCUACUGGACGCACCAGAUCAAGUCGUGUGUCGAGGACCACGCGUCCGUGGCUUCGCAGAAGGAACUGCUGUGCCCUAGCGACGAGUUGGACUUUUGGAUCUAUAGACACGAAAAUCUGAACGCGUUGCUGUAUCAGCUGCAAAAUCCGGCCGUGAAGCACAUCACCAAAAUCCUGGUGACCACGCACUCGACAUUCAUCCACCAGUUCCAAGCGCUGUGCGAGGAAAUCGUGCAGAAGAUCAAGGAGGCAACCUCCAACAUUGAGUUCCUGCAAGUCAUCAAGCAGCCGUGCGCCGUGUUGGAGUGCGUCGUCGAUCCGGAUAAGAUCUCGGACCACAUCCCGCAUAUCAUCAAUCUGUUCCGCUUCAUCUGGAUGGAGUCCCCGUACUACAACUCGGAGGCCCGCAUAACGAAACUGUUCAAAGCUCUGAGCAACCAGAUAAUAAUUUUGUGCAAGAACUACAUCGAACUGGACGAACUAUUCGAGGGCCAGACGAAGAAGGCGCUCGGCGAGUUCAGCAAGUGCAUAGACUGCUGCAAGAAGUACAGGGAGAUCUACGAUCUGAUGGCCGAAGCGCACAGCGAGGAGAGGCCGGGUAGCUGGGAGCUGGACACGGGAUCGAUCUUCAACUACAUCGAUUCGUUCAUACAGCGUUGCUUCGACAUGCUGGACGUUUGCAACUGCAUGAUUAUUUUCGGAAGGAUUGACGAACUCGAAGAAAUCCAAAAGCCCAUGUUCCUCGGCGCCCGCGGCGACAUCUUCGAGGCGAAGUGCGAACAAAUCGAAAAGCAGUUCAACGAAGCUCUGAGUAAUGUCAAAACGGUGGGCCAUACCAUACUCGAUGUUCAAGCGCCGUCGUGGUACGACGACAUCCUCCAGUUCAGGACGGUCAUCAAAGACAUCGAAACGAUAAUAGAGAACCUAGUUGAAUCAGUCUUUGAAGGUGUCAAUCAUGUGGAGGAAGGAGUAGUGGCCCUUUACUCUCUGUACAACUAUUCAAAGAGACAUAAUUUGAAGCGAAUUUUUAAAAGGAAAACUGCCGAGGUGUGGGCAAAGUUCAGCGACAUAGUGCAAGAGACGAAGAAAGACAUGGUUUCAACUCGGGGACAGUAUCCGUCGGACUUGCCUUCGUUUGCCGGCAGAGCGGUGGUUUUGAGAAUGAGGAAGAACCAAUUAGUUUAUUUAAAGAAGCAUAACCUUGAUGAGAAAUGCGGCGCGGGACUUAACCGGACUUUGAUGCGAAGGAGUACUGAGAAUGUGGGACUAAUGGAGUGCAACAUGGACGUGUUAGUGAAAGUUCUGAUUGGU